UUGCAGGUGCUGUGUCUCAUUGUGCUCGUGGCUUUCGUUGUCGCAGAACAACACGGUCAUGCUUACUCAAGCCAACAAGUUUCACGUGAAGAUGGGCCUGCAGAAAAAGUGAGCGUCAUGGGCAACGAAGAAAAUGAACAUCACGUUGAUUAUUACGCCCAUCCAAAAUUUAAUUUCGAGUACAAAGUAAACGACCACCACACUGGCGAUAUUAAGUCCCAAGAAGAGAGUCGUGAUGGUGAUGUUGUCAAGGGCAGAUACUCAUUGCAGGAGCCAGACGGUUCAAUCAGGGUUGUAGAAUAUCACGGAGAUGACCACAGCGGUUUCCAUGCCAACGUCAAACACCAAAUUCACCAUAUUGUACCUGAACAUAAGGAAGACAAUGACCAAAGUGAACCUAAGGAACAAGAACAAGAAGGACAAGAAGGACAAGAAGGACAAGAAAGACAAGAAAGACAAGAAGGACAAGAAGGACAAGAAGGACAAGAAGGACAAGAAGAACAAGAAGGACAAGAAGGACAAGAAGGACAAGCAUAA